ACUAGAGGAAAGGACUGAGGAAGCCUUAUGCAAGGGAAUUUUAUUAUAGUCGAAAGUUGAAAAUUGCCAAAGCUUGCGAGAGGCCCUUGACUAAAAGUCUAAAACAAAGUCUAUAAGAGAGCUUUCAUGGUGGAACUGAGUUUGUAUUGAAGAAACAAUAGGAAGUUGUUGAAACAAUAGACUCCUAACAAUUCAAAGCUUCAAAUAUUUUCUUCUUCUUUUCCCCAAGCCAGAAGUUACAAGAUACAACCUUUUUGCCCACCUAUAUAAGCUCCAUUUCCCACAAAUUUGUUACCCCAAAGUCUCAUCUUCUUGCUCUCACCAUUGCCUAAUUCUUGAGAGGAGAUCAAAUCUUUCACACAAACCAACCUUUCGAGUUUUUGUGUCAAUUCACUUGGGACGCAUUGGAGUUUGCAAUUGGAGGCUCAAUUGUAGAUUUCGUGACUAGAGUAGAGAAAGGACUCGAGAAAUCGGUUGCUAGCAGGAGCUUGGAGAUGGAGAACACAAAAAAGCAAGGAAACCUGGCAAACCCUUUGAUUUUGCAGAGUGAGUUAUAUGAGUACAUAUUGGCCACAAGUGUGUACCCACGAGAACCAGAGCCUCUUAAGGAGCUGAGGAAAGCUACUGCAUCCCAACCAUUGGCAUACUUUGGUACAUCACCAGAUGCAGGUCAGCUAAUUGCCAUGUUCCUGAAGAUGGUGAAUGCAAAGAAGACAAUUGAAAUUGGGGUUUUUACAGGAUACUCUCUUCUUCUCACGGCCCUUACAAUUCCUGAUGAUGGCAAGAUUACAGCCAUAGAUGUUGAUCGAACAAAAUAUGAGAUAGGAUUGCCAAUUAUACAAAAAGCAGGGGUUGAGCACAAGAUUAACUUUAUCGAGUCACAAGCUUUACCCGUUCUUGAUGAAUUGCUACAAGAUCCAAAGAAUGAAGGGAGUUUUGACUUUGCUUUUGUUGAUGCUGACAAAGUUAAUUAUUGGAAUUACCAUGAGAGGAUGACAAAAUUGGUUAAGGUUGGAGGGAUAAUUAUCUAUGAUAACACACUGUGGGGAGGAUAUGUUGCUUUACCUGAAGAGGAUGUUCCAGAAAAGAAAAGAGCCGGGAGGCAGUCAACCGUUGAGUUUAAUAACUCCAUUUCUUCUGACUCACGUGUUGAAAUAUCUCAUGCUUCAGUGGGUGAUGGCGUUCUGAUCUGCAGGCGAAUUUGCUAAGUAUUUCUAGACAACUAGUUGAACUCAUUAAUAAAUCUUUUCAUCCCUACAAGCACGAGUGCUUAUUAUGAAUUUCUUAAGGACCAGACUAUUUCAUAGGAAUGUUUAGGGAAAAUGUGCUCUGGUUUUGUCGGAAGGACAAUUUUUUUUUUAUUGUUUU